UGUCACUUCCUUGCAGCAGCACGGCGCUGUUGAGCUUCACUUCCCUCGGAGCUGCUGUGAUGGUGUCAUCCUGACAGCUACACUUUCAGCUAAACUAAUACGCCAUAAUUACACAACAACAUCCAAAACAAAUGUCGGGAGGCGUGAGAAGGAGGUUCGUAUGGGGAUGUGUUUGCCCUGUCUGAGUGGAGCUGAGGAUGAUGUAGUAGUCACACCAGACCCUGAGACGAGGAGAAGACAGCUAGCAGAGGCUGCAGAGAAGAGACAGAAAGAGAUCACCUACAGAGGCAUCAAAAACCCAGAAGCCUUGGAGAGGAAAAAGAAGAAACAAGAAGAGACAGAGAAACAGACUGUGAACUCUGAAGGCGGCGGGCUAAAGUGGCAGGUUGGCUAACUCAAGCUAAGGGGAAGAUCACUGGUCAACCUUCUUCUGCAGUGUUUCCCGCUGACUUGAGAGAUUCUUAAAACUCUGUUCUUUCGGUUCUUAUUUUGAAGUGUACACUAGCAAGGGGAGUUUGCACAACACUCCUAAUCUUCCAGGCCUUCUGACUGGCCAGAGUGCAUUCAGGACACACCCCUUUAAAUGCCAAGAUGGGCAAGCUUUUGGAUUUCUGGGAUAGUGCUUUUAGCAAUUAAUGUGUGUUUUUUUUUCUCCACAACUUAUUCAGUUUAAGUUUAUGCAUCAUUUCACACACGCAGCUUUUGUACCAAUGUCCUUUCUAUUAACUGAAUGUCAUUUUAAUACACAUUUAUACAUCUGAAAAGCAUGUUUUAUAUUGGAUUUUGGAUAAUUUAAUACAUAUUUAGUCAUGUACAGUAUAUUUAUGCAUCAGUUACCAGUGUGUUUUGGUUGUAAGCUCCUAGUGUUUAGGACUUGAAGUAUAAUAAUAAUGAAGAACAAUGAAGGAUAUUAAGUCAGCACUUUCACUGCCUGUUGAUUGUAUGACUUGCUGUUCUUAUGAACCUAAUUGAAUGUGCAUCACUUUAUCUUAUCAGACGCAUCAGUUUCUCAUCCUUUCUGAAGGGCUUUGGUUGUCUUAAGUUAAGAAAAUCUUAACUUAUCACAUUUAAACUCAACAUCCAUGUGUCUGGGUCGUGCAGCAGUGACUGUAGCAGCCUGAUCUACAGUGAUCAGUGUGGAAUACACUCGAGUGAACUCUACAUAUUGCCUUUGAUGCAUUUCUUAUAUGCUAUGCUCAUGAGUUGUUACUUCUGCCAACAUCAACUCACUCAAUGCUUGUGACAGGGAAACAGAUUUGAACCAAAUUACCAAUUGAAAUAUCUUCCCAGGGUUCAUUCAGAAUGGGUUAUUAAUAUACAGACACUAUAACAAUAAUACAAAACAUCAGACAAAGUUGUGCAAUUUUCAUGUUUACCAGUAGAGGGCAGUGGCACACUUUCAGAUCAGGAACUGUUUUAGUACCACAACUGCAAGAAGGCAUUGCUUAAAUAAAAAUGGUUUGAUUGAACAGCAAA